AUGGCCCCUGACUCCGUCGUCACACAACAGAGGACAACUUCUCGUCAAGAGAGCGUUCCCGGAAACUUUGACACGUACCCAGAAUUCGGGAAACUACCACCAGCUCCUACGCCACCCUCGCACCUGCCCAGAGCACAAUCCUCGCAUAUCGUGCUACAACCCCCGCCUGUACCGUUGUUCGAGCCGCGGCUACCUUCGCCAGCGUCGACUUCAUCCCCGCAUUUUCUAUUGACGUCCCCGCCGCCCUCAUCUCCGCCGGUUGCACCAACAACCUGGCCACUUCCGCCGGACGAAAGCGGGUCAUCAAGGGCACGGGUUCAACCAGAAUCUCUCCCUGCUGUCGACGAUGAACUGCCCGAGGUUGAUUCACCACCUGAUAUCAAUUUCGUGGAGUUCGUACCGCCGCACCCCUUGCCAACGGAGAAACGACGGAGAUGCAAGCCUUACCAGAUAAACCACUCUACGGAAUCGAAGGAACGACGGCACGUGAAAGUCGCUGUAUGCUCCCUUCCUGAUUGGGCUUAA